AUGGUCGAAGCAAUGACUGACGCGCCCGCGCCUCGCAAGAGAGGCCGGCCACGAACUGUGACGGACGAUCAGCGAGUUCACGAGAGACGUCGAAAGCAGCUUCGCGUCGCGCAGCAAGCAUAUCGCAAGAGAAAAGAGACCACGAUCGUCAAGCUGCAAUCUCGCGUACAGGAACUCGAGUCGGGCAUCGAAGAGCUCAGUGAGUCGUUCCUUUCCUUCAGUAAUCUUCUGUUCGAGGCUGGGAUUCUCCAAAAUCAGCCUCGUGUCACAGCUGCUCUGCAAAAAAUUACACAGCAAUGCGUGUCGCUUGCCAAAAGUGGCUGCGACGAGGCCGAACAAGCACCUGCAGCCCCGGCGGAGGUAUCGCCAUCGACGUCUCCCACGGUCAGCGAUACACAAGAUAUAAUCUCAAAUUACAAUCCGCUCAUAACGCAACUUGAUUCAUUGCCAAUAAUCGGUGACGCUUUCCAGUCCUCGUCGGACCUCGCGGCUCAAUUACCCCCCAUGCCACCCUACCAAGAACAAGCAAUUCCACCGUUCGGAAUAGUCUUGUCGUCUCUGAAUAUCCCCUUCUCACCCAUCCCUAGUCCCGUCUUGAAUUUCCCGUCCACAGUAUCGCCCGACAAUCUCUUAAAGCAAGGGCGCUGGCCACUCUCAUACCGUCUGGUCCGACAAUGCUGCGAGAUUGGAUAUCAUCUAUUAACAAGCUCGUCUGGAGACGAUCCAAGGGCCAAAGCAAUCUUCGGCAAACGAUUGACCAUUGACGAGCGCAACCGCUAUAUCUCCGGAUUCUUCGCCGCCAUGCACGACGAAGUAGGAGACAUGAUCGAGUUGAGGACAAAAGUUCUCAAUUCAAGGAGGAGGAGCUACUCGCCUGAACAACUCGCCGUUUCCUCUCGAACGUGGCAAAUUGUCAUUGAAUCGGGUGCUGAUGAGUGGAUGGAUGCGAGUGGUGUGCAAAGGCUGCUACAGGAGCGAGGGAUUCGUAUUCAGGACCCGAGCUCGCCCCUCUCCAGUCCCCGGUUCAAUUCGGCUCCGCAGCUCAACGCAGCGAGCUUCAUUAAAUAUCUUUCCCUCUGCCCUAUCUGUCUCGGUCGCGGACCAGCGUUCCGAAAGCGCGAUGUUGAGAAUGCCAUUCGCCUUGCAACUCUUGAUGAUCCUUGGGCGUUUAACCCUGUGUGCGAAAUACCAUGA